UCACCUGCUUCCUACGGAGAACCUAGGCCUCCAGAGGACUGCAUUCACCCAGCCGAUUCUUCAUCCCAUCGAUUCAGCGAAUCUCCGGCCUCAGAGCCCCCACGCCUCACCGAUUCCGCACCUCGAGUCCCUGAUCUGCGAGCUCUCCACAGCAGCCAUCGGCCCGUGUCUCGAAAGUUUCCUUAUCUCGACUGGACCUUGACUCUUCAUCAAGUAAUCGAGCCGCCAAAUCUCUGCUUGCAACAAGUGCUUCAUAUCACCUUUACGACUUCUACCUGUCUUCUUUCGGGCAGAUUCCAGCUGUCGAGCCCCAGCAGAUCCCUUGGCUUGGCCAAGCCUUUUCGCGAGGCCUCCUUUCGGUGGCGACGGGCAGAUCCCCCCCCACGCCGAGCUCGCGUCUCCUUCGGCUGUAUCGGUGAAUCGAGAUACUACAGACGAUAAAUUCGACACGGUUUUCCUAAAAGGCUGCGAGCUAGCAGCUCGUCCUUACAAGUAUCCUGGGUCCUCUCUUUGACAACGAGCAAGGUCAUCAAAUACUUGCCACCAUCCAUCAUGACGCCCGACGCGAGCAACACCAUCACUCACCAUCCAAACGUCUUCAACCUACAGCGCCUUCAGCCGGCAUCUAGUCGCAGCAGUUCAAAAGCGCCUCCUAUUCGUAAUGCUUCUAGCACAGGCGUUGAGGCCGUUGAGGCGGCAGACCAUGACGCGGUAGAGCGCCACCACUACACCAGCGCCGACAUCGAGAGCCAGUCGACCGCAGGUCACACGCGCGUGCCGCGUAUGUCGGCCGAGAGCGAUCCCUACGGGCUGUCCUUUUCCUACAAGACCGACACCGACCUGGACCAAAUCAAGGCCAAUUCAUCCCGUAAGAGGGACAGCCCCAAUGGCGACAAGAAGCUGGGCCCCAAGAGCGACCACCGCAAGGUCCGCGGCUUCUACGAAAACCAAAACGCAACCAUUGAGCGCAUGCUCAAGUCGGUCGAGGAUCACCGGGAGGAGGCCCGCAUCGAGCAGGGCGAGGACAAGCUCAAGUUCAAGAUUGCCAUCUACGGCUCGCUCGCGGCCAACAUUGUGCUCACGGCGCUGCAGCUCUACGCGGCCAUCACGUCCGGCUCGCUGUCGCUCUUUACCACCAUGGCCGAUGCCGUCUUCGACCCGCUCAGCACCCUCGCUCUGAUCCUGUCGAACCGCGCCAUUCGCCGCGUCGACCCGCGGCGCUUUCCUGCCGGCAAGGCACGCCUCGAGACCGUGGGCAACAUUGUCUUUUGCUUCCUCAUGAGCGCCGUGGCCCUCAUCAUCAUUGCCUUCUCUGCCAGAGAGCUGGCGAAUGGCGAUGGCGACAAGAAGUUUCAUCUUCCGUCCGUCAUCUCGGUCUGCGCGGCGUUUGCGACCAAGUUCGCCCUCUUCCUGUAUUGUUGGUCCAUCAAGGACAAGUACAGCCAGGUGAACAUUCUGUGGCAGGACCACCGCAACGAUCUGCUCGUCAACGGCUUCGGUAUUCUGACCUCGGUCGGCGGCGCCAAGCUAGAAUGGUGGAUUGACCCCAUGGGCGCCAUCCUGCUGUCCCUGCUGACGUCUGGCAUCUGGCUGUACACUGCCUUCAACGAGUUCCUGCUGCUCGUGGGCGUGGUCGCGCCGCUGGACAUGCAGCAGCUCAUCACGUACGUGUGCCUGACCCACUCGGAUGCCAUCGACGGCAUCGAUACCGUGCGAGUCUACCACUCGGGCCCGCGGCUGAUUGCCGAGGUGGACAUUGUCAUGGACCCGUCCCGGACGCUCAUGGAGACGCACGAUGUGGCCGAGGAGCUGCAGAUCAAGCUGGAGAGCUUGCCCGACGUUGAGCGGGCCUACGUCCAUAUCGACUACGAGACCACUCACAAGCCGGAGCACGCGUACAAGAAGGACCUCUGA